UAAUUAAGGCUAACAAAGAGCCAAAACCAUACUAUUUGUAAAACCCUAAAGCCAUUGGAGAUCCCUGCUUACAGCCGAAUUUCAAGAGGAGCAGUGGACGCCAUAAACAAUGGGGGCGUACCAGUACGUGUCGGAGAUAUGGAGGAAGAAGCAGUCGGAUCUGAUGAGGUUUGUGCAGAGAGUGAGGUGCUGGGAGUACCGCCAACACCCUUCCAUCGUGCGUGUCACGCGCCCCACGCGCCCUGAUAAGGCUCGCCGCUUGGGCUACAAGGCCAAGCAGGGGUAUGUGAUCUAUCGUGUACGUGUUAGACGUGGUGGUCGCAAGAGGCCGGUUCCAAAGGGUAUUGUUUAUGGCAAGCCCACAAACCAGGGUGUAACACAGCUCAAAUUCCAACGCAGUAAGCGCUCAGUUGCAGAGGAACGAGCUGGACGUAAGCUGGGUGGUCUUAAGGUUCUCAAUUCUUACUGGAUCAACGAGGAUUCUACAUACAAAUACUUUGAGAUAAUCUUGGUUGAUCCUGCUCACAAUGCAAUCCGUAAUGACCCGAGGAUCAAUUGGAUCUGCAAACCUGUUCACAAACACAGGGAGCUUCGUGGACUUACUUCUGCUGGAAAGAAAUACAGAGGUCUCCGCGGGAAGGGGCACACGCACCACAAGGCCCGACCUUCCAGGAGAGCAACUUGGAAGAGGAACAAUACUCUGUCUCUUCGACGCUACCGUUGAUUCUCAUGACAUUGGUGGUGUCUGUAUCGGGGUCUUUGUUUUACUUUCUGCUUUUUAGGAUUUAAGCUGGAAUAGAUUAUGAAGUGUUGUUUCUAUUGGUUGUUAAAACGUGGUUAAUUUGGUUGUCCUCAAGCUGUGAAAUUUUGUUCUUAAUAAAAUAGU